AUGUCCAAGCUCGAGAGCCAUGUCACUGUUCAGAAGCGAGCCUACUAUUCCCCACCAUGGGCGGAUGUCAGCAUUAUUGCCAUAGCUGGCAGCUCUGGUUCUGGUAAAUCCAGUAUCUCCCAGGCGAUUGUUAGAAAGCUCAAUCUGCCUUGGGUUGAUUCAUUCUACAAAACCUUGACUCCCGCCCAGUCCAAGUUGGCCUUCGCAAAUGAAUAUGAUUUCGAUUCUCCCGAGGCUAUUGACUUUGACAUCCUCGUGGAGCGUCUGAGGGAUCUUAAGGCCGGAAAACGGGCAGAGAUCCCCGUCUAUUCUUUCUCGAAGCAUCAACGGCUGGAAGAGACAACCUCAAUCUACUCUCCUCACGUGCUCAUUCUUGAGGGCAUUUUCGCCUUAUAUGAUCCCAGAGUGUUGGACCUUAUUGACAUGGGUAUCUAUUGUGAGGCCGAUGCAGACACUUGUCUUUCUAGGAGAAUCCUUCGAGACGUCCGUGAGCGUGGCAGAGAUGUCGAGGGUUGCAUCAAGCAGUGGUUCGGGUUCGUGAAGCCCAACUUUGAGAAGUAUGUCGAACCUCAGAGGAAGGUAGCCGAUCUCAUUGUACCACGAGGUAUCGAAAACAGAGUUGCUCUUGAAAUGAUGGUUCAGUAUAUCGAACGCAAGCUCUUUGAGAAGUCCACGCAUCAUCGAGAAGCCCUGUCCAAGCUCGAAAGAGAGUGCAAGGAGCAGCCAUUAUCAGAGCGGGUUGUGGUUGUCAACCCAACACCGCAGCUCAAGUUCAUGAAUACCAUUCUGCAGAACAUUGACACUGAUGCUGAAGACUUCAUCUUCUACUUCGACCGACUAGCCAGUCUGAUUAUUGAACAGGCUCUUAACAACGUCCAAUUCAAGAGCUGGGACGUUGAAACCCCUCAGGGAAACAAGUACGCUGGUCUCGUAUCUAAGGGCGAGGUCAGCGCCGUGAUUUGCCUAAGAGGAGGGUCCGCAUUCGAAACUGCUCUUCGAAAGACAAUUCCGGAUUGCAGGACAGGCCGUCUCCUGAUCCAGUCCGCCUACUCCACUGGUGAACCAGAGCUUCACUAUAUUAGACUACCCGAGGACAUUCACCAGCACGAGAGUGUAUUGCUUCUGGAUACUCAGAUGGCUAGCGGAGGUGCUGCCCUCAUGGCAGUUCAGGUCCUCGUGGAUCACGGUGUCGCGCUUGACCGGAUUGUCAUUGCUACUUAUUCGGCCGGCAGGGUUGGCUUGCACCGUUUGACCACUGUCUUCCCAGAAGUCACCGUUGUGGUCUGCAACAUUCUAGACACUCAAGAACCGCGCUGGGUUGAGCAGAAGUAUUUCAGAUGCUAG